AUGAUGAGAAACGUAGGGAGCUCGAACUCCGGCGGUAAAGGCAUAGCGGCAGUGGUCGGCGUCGGGCCAAAGCUUGGCCGCUCCGUCGCUCGUAAGUUCGCGCACGAAGGCUACACGGUCGCCAUUCUCGCCCGCGAUCUCGGUAGGUUAUCUAGAGUGGCAGAAGAGAUUGCGAGAGAAGAGAAAGCGCAAGUGUUUGCUAUAAGAAUUGAUUGUGCGGAUCAAAGAAGCGUAAGAGAAGCCUUUGAAGGAGUAUUGUCGUUAGGGUUCGUUGAGGUUUUGGUGUACAAUGCUUAUCAUUCUUCUUCUUCUUACACAAGUCACCAUCCAACUUCUUUCACCCACAUUCCUUUCCAAUCUUUUCAAACUUCUCUUGCUGUUUCUGUCUUCGCUGCAUUCCUCUGCGCCCAACAGAUCAUCCCCGGGAUGAUGGAGAAAGGGAAAGGAACUAUACUCUUCACCGGUUGCUCGGCGUCACUGAACGGCGUUGCUGGUUUCUCCGAACUUUGCUGUGGGAAAGAAAUAAACAUCCCACCAAGAGGAAUGGUCGCAGAGCAAUCAUUCAACAUUGGAAGCGAAGAUGGAGAAGGAGAAGGCGAAAGCUCGGGAGUGAUGGGAAUGGAUCCUGAUGUAUUGGCUCAAACAUAUUGGAGUCUUCAUGUUCAAGACCGAAGAGCUUGGACUCACGAACUCGACAUCCGACCAUCAAACACAAGAUUCUAG